AUGGCCUCAGCUACAGCACAACGACGCUUACUUCAAGAGUACCGCUCUCUCACAAAUAAUCCACCCGAGGGCAUUACCGCAGGGCCAGUCUCCGAAGAUGACUUGUUAUACUGGGAGGCUUUAAUACAAGGACCAGAGGGUACACCAUUCGAAGGAGGAGUCUUUGCUGCUGAAUUGAAAUUCCCAAAGGACUACCCACUUGCGCCACCUAGUAUGAGGUUUCUCGGAGAAGUUUGGCAUCCCAAUGUCUACCCAAGCGGCCUCGUUUGUAUAUCUAUUCUCCACCCACCCGGAGACGACCCAAACCACUAUGAACAUGCAUCCGAACGCUGGUCUCCUAUUCAAAGUGUCGAGAAAAUCCUAAUAAGCGUCAUGAGUAUGUUAGCGGAACCAAAUGAUGAGAGCCCGGCGAAUGUGGAGGCUGCAAAGCAGUGGAGAGAACACAGAUCGGCAUAUGAACAAAAAGUACGGGAUGGAUGUAGAAGGAUGCUUGGAUUGUGA